AAUUCUGAAUCUGUGUAGAUUCAAUUUUUUUGACUGUUCAGGUUUUCUUCACUGAAUCCUUCGCUGAUCUCUGUAGACUUUGUACUCUCUAAAAAUGUUUGAUUUUAUGAAAUCACCCUUGACUAAGAUUACUAAACACAACUCGGUUGACCCUGGAUUUUCUGCUUCUCCCAGUACUAACCCUUUUGAUUCAGAUACUGAAUCUGACUCCAAUCAAACCCUUAACCCUGCAAAGAGAACUUCUUCUGAACCUAACCUCACUACACCCAACCUCAAAGCCAAACUUUUUGAUAAAGAUGGGGGAAAUGGAGCCUCUUCUGCUUCAUCUUCAUAUUCUCGUACUUCAGCACAAAGGAACCUAUACAAGAAUGACUUCCGUGACACUGGAGGAUUGGAGAACCAGUCUGUGCAAGAACUGGAGGACUAUGCUGUGUACAAGGCUGAGGAGACGACGAAGACUGUCAAUGGCUGCUUGAAGAUUGCUGAGAAUAUCAGAGAGGAUGCUACUAAUACUCUGGUCACCUUGCAUAAGCAGGGUGAGCAAAUCACGAGGACCCACAUGGUUGCUGCUGAUAUUGAUCAAGAUCUCAGUCGGGGGGAGAAACUUCUCGGUAGUCUUGGUGGAAUGUUCUCUAAGACUUGGAAGCCAAAAAAGACCCGUGCAAUUAGAGGGCCAGUGAUCUCUAGAGAUGACUCCUUCAAAAGGAGGAGCAAUCACUUGGAGCAGAGGGAGAAGUUGGGGUUGGCACCUGUACCCAAGGAACGGUCAAACUCACGACAGCCUCUUGCUGAGCCCACAAAUGCAAUUCAGAAAGUAGAGGUGGAGAAGGCCAAGCAAGAUGAUGCCCUUUCAGACUUGAGUAAUAUUUUGGGUGAGCUGAAGGUUAUGGCCAUGGAUAUGGGGACUGAAAUUCAAGGACAUAAUAAAGCUCUGGAGCAUGUCGGUGAAGAUGUGGAUGAGAUAAAUUUCCGGAUUAAAGGUGCCAAUCAACGCGGGCAUCGUUUGCUGGGGAAGUGAAGGCCAUGAAGUUGUCUGGUUUGCUACAGACAUGCUCACUGUACUUGACUUGGGUUCGCACAACCCCUCUCUGAGUCUUCUCUGUAAUCUCAUGUUUACCAGCUGUGUAAUGGAUUUGAGUUCAGAUAUUGCUAUAAUACCUCUUAUUUUUUUAAGCUCUUUUGUAUAUAAUGGAAAUUAUGAUGUUUCAUUGCAGAUUUUCAA